CGAUAACAGCAAGUCCACGGUGGUCACUUAACCAAGCAUUUCCAAUCCAGAAUAGGUCUCGAUGGAUCCCUACUCGGCCGAGGGUGAAUUAAUCAACAUCCACAACCACUUCCACCAGGGCCAAUACCAGGAGGUAGUCGAUUUCGAUGUGUCGUCUCUGUCACCUGAAAACGCCCUGCCGGCCCGCGUCUUGCAGCUCCGCGCUCGCAUUGCCCUCGGCCAGGCCGAAGACGUUCUCGCCGACGUGCAGGGAGAGACAGAGCCCGAACUCGAGGCGGUGGGCGCGCUGGCCGAGCAGGCCCUAGGAAACACUGAGGCGGCCGUCAAGACUAUUGAGAAGCUGGCGCAAACGGCGGCCGACAACGCAACCGUGCAAGUUGUCGGCGGGACAGUAUUGCAGGCGGCCGGCAAGUCGGAGGAGGCUCUGGCCCUGUUGGGGCAGCAUCAAGGGAGCCUGGAUGCCGUGGCCCUCAUUGUCCAGAUUCACCUCCAACAAAACCGAAACGACCUUGCCGUCAAGGAGGUCGCUGCCGCCCGGCGGUGGGCGCAGGACAGUCUGCUAGUCAACCUUGCAGAGUCGUGGGUUGGGCUGAGGCUGGGCGGAGAGAAAUACCAGCAGGCGUUCUAUGUGUUCGAGGAGCUCGCACAGGCACCCGCGACAUCGUCAGUGCGAACUCUGGUAGCCCAAGCUGUGGCUGAAUUGCAUCUGGGCCGGACAGAGGAGGCACAGGCUGCUCUGGAUCAGGCGCUAAAGAAGGAGCCCGAAUACGCAGAGGCCAUUGCGAACCUGCUCGUUCUGAAUGUAAUCACCGGGAAGAGCCCCGAGGAGUUGAAGAGCUCGCUCGCAAAGGCAGAUGCUCAGCACCCAUUCCUGCUGGAUCUUGCCGAGAAAAGCGAUCUGUUCGAUAAGGCAGCGACAAAAUACAAGGCCAAGGCGGCCGCAUAGAGGCGUUUCUAUGAGUUCCUAUAAACAACGAUAUCAAUCUAAACCAAACGAGAAUAUGCACACUACGUCGGCUUUGCCAACUUGGAAGUAGUAUUCGCAGCCAAAUCCGGCCGUUUGAGCAUUCACCUCAUCCCGCACCGCUGAUGCUGAUGUUCAUUCCACGAGGUCACUCUGCUCUGCAUUGGCAUCUGCGUGCCUGGCUUUCGAUAACCCCUCCAGCAUAGUUCGAAAUGCUGCCUAAACCCAAUGCGGCCGACCCAAUGGGGAAGAGUUCCAGAAAGAAAGCUCUCCCAGAUUGAUGGACCACAUCCCUUGAAGACCCCAGGUUCUGUGGCGAUCGUACGUACUUGUAUGUACACUGCCUAAAUCGGUCGGUGGUUGUGCGUUUCAGUGUUGUUCCUGGCGGCC